UUUUUCUCUUCAUACCCUCUCGCUAGUCUCCACUUUUCUUCUAAUCGCAGAAACCCUAGUCUCUCAAAAGUCCUCUUGCUUGAUUGCCGAGCUCGAGCCUUCAAAAGUUGCUUAUAGAGAUUUCUAAAACGAAUGGAGAAUUCAUCACAAAUCUAUCACGAGAAACAGAAACUGCAGUUCUGUCUAUUGCAUGCUCUCAACAAUCUCUUCCAAGAAAAGGAUACAUUCACUCGUCCAAACCUAAACACUGUAGCCGAACAACUUGUACUUGCUGAUCCAAAUAGAGAAAAUCAGAAAUGGGUUCCUUUAAUUUUCAAGCAGCAUCACAAUUCAAUUACAGGGAAUUAUGAUAUUAAUGUUCUGAUUUCAGCUUUAAAACAAAAGGGUAAAUCUGUAGUUUGGCACGAUCGUCGCAAUGGUGCUUCUUCUAUUGAUCUUAAUAAAUCUGAAGAUGUGUUGAUGGGUAUUAUUCUAAACAUUCCUAUUGUUAAAUUUAGAGGACUUUGGAAAUCUAGGCACUGGAUCGCACUUAGAAGAAUACAAGGGGUUUGGUAUAAUUUAGACAGUGAUCUUAAUACACCUCAUGCGUUUAAAGAUACUGACGAAGUGAAAGAAUUCCUGGAUUUUGUUAUUGGUUGUGGCGCAGAGGUUUUGCUUGUUUUGCAUGAUAAAGAGUGAUAUUAUUGUGAAUGUUACAAAUUACUAGAUUGUUAGAACUGUUAAUGUACUAUAUGAUCGAAUGGAAUUGUCAAAGAAGUUAAGGAAGAACUGGGUGUUAAGCAAUUUGAUUGUGUUUGUAUCGGUGGUUGUCUUAGUGUCGUGUUUUCUCGUCAUUUUUGUUUCACUGCUUAAGCUUCCUGAUGUAUCACAACCUAAAGGAAUGUUUGGGUCUCAUAGACGUUUGAGAAAUAGAAAAGUGGUGAAAGAAGAUGAAAGUUUGGGUGAACUUGGGGAAAUGAUGAUUGGAAUGUUGCCUGCAGAUCUUGCUUUUACCGUCUUUGUUCCUUCUGUGAAAGCUUUCGCUAAUGAAUUGAAACUGCAAGUGAAUGAUAGUGUGGUUGGGUUAACAGAGAAUGAUAAUACCUUUGCUAUACUCUCUCGUAUUUUAGCUUUCUCAGCCAUUCCAAGGAGUCUACUUUCUGUUAAUGUACCGGUUGGAAAGGAGGUUACUUUUGAUUCUAUAUCUGGAUUCACAUUAUAUAUUUCGAGAGACUCAGAUGGAAGUUUGGUUGUUAAUAGAGUUAGGUCGAAACGUCUUGAUCUUCGGAAAAGAGACAUGGUUGUACAUAUUAUGGAUGGGGUUAUCAUGGAUGCAGAAUUUGAACAGUCAGUCCAACCUGAAAAUGAAGAUGAAGACUGAAUUGAGCAAAUAGAAACUUUGUUUUCAGUUUAUUGAAGUUUGGGGUGACAAUCUGCUAGAUGGGCUUUUAUCCUCCUGGCUCCAGCCUGGUGGUUGCAAGUACGGUGCUUGCCAUAGAUCAUCAAUAGCCAUAUCUUAUAAGAAAUGAUUCUUUUUUCAGUAUCUUCACUUGUAACACUGAAACACUGUAUCUUUUGGAAAAAUAAAACCUUCAUAAAAAUGAUUAAUUUGUUAGCUUUAUUCGA